AUGACUGUGAGGGAGUAUUUAGCCAUGAGGGUGCUCCGAACAGACGUAAUACCGAUCGAUCGGUUCAUCAUCGAAGACCCCAUUGCAGAAAGACUUCGUCAGAUGCAGCUUGGUUUCAACGAGCUCAGGCUAUAUGAGACACAUGUCGGAACCCGGGAGGACCCUAGUCAUCACGAGGCCCUCGGUGCAUUCCAAUUGGUGAGGGAUUCUCAGUUGGAGGUGCUUGAUAUUACUCCAGAGACAUCCCACCAGUCCACUAAGACCCUUAGCUAG